GCAUGAGCAGGCUGGAUGCAGCAAGCUAAAUGGGAAGGAGAGAAACUAUCGGACUUUGGGAUCUACGGUGGAAACACCUUCACGUGUAAGGCACCGGGUGGGGUUGUAGUGCGCGCUGACCCCGGCUGUUGCGCCAGCUCCCUGAGAAGACAGCGUUCAGAAGUAGAAUCCCUCACCUUUCUCCCGCGUCCCAGCCCCAGACCACCUACUGUCAGGUGAGCUAGAUAGUCGUCAGUCGUUGUGGUCUGGCGUCUGUUAGCAUGGCCAUCGACAAAGCCAAGGUAGCGAUAGGGUUCUUAGUCGCAGGGGUCCUGACCGCGUUCUUCGGGACGGUGCUCGCCUUCGUUGGACCGCUGAUUAUUGACGACCAGAUUGUGAAGAAUACAGUGAUUGACCCCAAGAAUGAUCUAUCCUACACCAUGUGGAAGGACGUCCCCGUCCCGUUCUUCAUGUCCGUCUACUUCUUCAACAUCCUCAAUCCCAAGGAGAUGCUAAAGGGAGAAAAACCCAUGGUGGAGCAGAGGGGACCCUAUGUGUACAGGAAGCGGUGCCAGAAGGACAACAUCACCUUCCAUGCCAACAACACGGUGUCGUACAAGGAAUACCGGAGGUACUUCUUCGAGCCCAGCAUGUCUGCAGGAAACGAGUCCGAUACAGUCACCAUCCCAAACAUGCUGGUGUUGGGUGCAGCAGUGAUGAUGGAGAACCUGCCGUUUGCGGUGCGGCUGAUGAUCAGCGCCACCUUUAAAACGUUCAAAGAGGGUCCCUUCCUGACCAAGACCGUAGGGGAGCUGAUGUGGGGCUACGACAGUGGACUAGUGGACUUCCUCAAUAAAUACUUACCCGGCAUGCUGCCCUCCACUGGCAAGUUUGGCCUCUUCGCUGAGUUCAACAACUCCAACACCGGGCUGUUCAACAUCUUCACUGGGAAAGACGACAUCAGGAAGGUCCACAAAGUCGACUCCUGGAAUGGCCUGAAGAAGCUGACGAACUGGGGAACCCCUCAGUGUAACAUGAUCAAUGGAACAGCUGGGCAGAUGUGGCCCCCCUUCAUGACGCCCGAGUCCACGCUGCCUUUUUACAGCCCUGACGCCUGCAGAUCUAUGGAGCUUGUUUACCAGCGCCCUGGCGCUUUCAAGGGGAUCCCUCUGUAUCGAUAUGUGGCUCCAAAAACCCUGUUUGCCAAUGGAUCCGACUACGCUCCCAAUGAGGGCUUCUGCCCCUGCAGACAGUCUGGCUUGCUCAAUGUCAGCAGCUGCCGACACAAUUCUCCUGUCUUCAUCUCUCAUCCUCACUUCUUCAAUGCUGACCCCGUGCUCCUGGACUACGUGCAGGGCCUUGAGCCUAAUGAGGAAGAACACGGUCUCUUCAUCGACAUUCACCCCCAAACAGGUGUCCCGCUGAACGUGUCCAUUCGCCUGCAGCUCAACCUCUACAUGAAGAGGGUCUCCGGAAUUACAGAAACUGGCAGGAUUUCUGAAGUGGUGAUGCCAAUGAUCUGGUUCGAGGAGAAGGGGUAUAUAGACGGCCCCAUACUCACUACGUUCCACACCAACCUGGUGGUGUUGCCUACAGUGAUGACGUGGAUGCAGUACGUCUUCAUAGGCCUCGGCUUGGCCACUGUCGUAGUGGCCGUGGCGGUGCAUCGCCGACUGAAGGUAUCCAGUAAAGAGCAAGUAAAAGUCCACGCUGCCAAUGAAACACACAAGGACAAAUUUAUCAUGAAUGAUUCAGAUAAAUAGAUGUAAGGGACUACCACGCCAGAUGAAAAUGUGAUCACUGUACCCAAUGAGACCAGCCCUCUGCUAGCGGACGAUGUGGACCGAACAGCUGUGAUGAAUCCUUGGAAUGAAGCACUCCAUAUGGCCUACAGUGCAGUCACUGGUUACACAACGGACAUAUCUCAGACCGAACCUAAACUUCGUCACAUGGUAUGCUGUGCAAUGUAUUAUAUGAGACAGGAGCGUGUCAGGUUUUACAAUUUUUAGUUGAUGAGACUCUCAGCCGAAGUCUUGGGUCGACCUUACUUGAUUACUGCGGCGUUGCCGUAAGCAUAUUUGUGCUGAAGCUGUAGAGUUGAGACUUCCGGGCUCCACGUUGAGCCAGUUUACAAGUAACGAUGUCCCGUCGAGCACCGCGACCGUUCGAAGGGCAGCCAGGUUCUGCCGAGCCCAGUUACAUGGAAGCAGUGAGAACUGGGAUCGCCACUUCGUCGAGUCUGCUAACAUUUCUACUUCUACUGUGGUCUUUACUUGUUUUUGAUUCUAAUUACCUUUGUUGUCCAAGUUGUUAAAAACUUGAUUAUUUCAAGCUGCCCCCCAUGGGAGAAGACCAUGCAGCAAUGCUGCAGUGCAGAAAACUGUUGUAUAAUUUCCUGCAGUGCAGCUUCAGGCAUGUUUGAGCCACGACGGUGACGAGGAAGCCCUUUGCUAAUUCUCACUACCAGAGCUUUAAAAUGCCCCCUAACCGGGGCAUGUUCCUUUGUUUUAUAGCUUACGUAACUUUAUGGUCCUCUUACAUUACGCAAUAAUGUAUUAAUUAAUAUAUUAAUUAAUUAAUAUGUUAAUUAAUUAUGUGUCGAAUUCAGAAGGAUUUGAUUAGAUGAAUGUGACGGGUUAAUUUGGCUCAGGCUGGAGCGUGAGUCCAGGUUCCUUCCAUAAGCAGUGAAGUAUCAGUGAACAUAUUGUGUUGCAAUGACUGGAAUGUAUUUUGUUAACUAAACAAAUGACACUGCGCCACAUCAAACACCCCCUUCUUGUAGUUAAGAUAACUAAUAGUGAUACACUUUGAAGUGAUAAAUGUGCCUUGUGUCAAACUUCUGAUUAUGAAAUGCCUGAUUCUGCUGACUACAGUAUAUAUACUAUGUAUAUAGUAUAGUAUAUACGGUAGUCACGUGUACUCCUACGUACUGUGUAUGUAGCAGGUAGGAGUACGUGGGACAGCUUUAAGUGAGUAGUGGUGAAUACUGUACCAGCCAUCCUUGUUGAGAAGACAAAACGACGACUUGUAGUGCAGACUUACACAAUAAAGAUAGAGAUUUAUACGAUGUAUGAGAGGUUUAUUUGAUACAGGGGAAUAAGUGCCGUGAAUAUCUUCCAGACUGCUGUAUUAAUACUUUUGUAAAAUAAAAAAUUCUGU